AUGGACGAUCUUUAUGACGAGUUUGGUAAUUACAUCGGCGAAGCCGAAUCGGACGAGGAGCAACAUGAAGACGUCCAACCGCAGGCCUUCAAAUUCGACGAGGCCUUUGACGAUGAGGACGAUGAGGCCAAUGACCAGUUAAUGGAGGUCGAUGAGGGCCCUUCGAAUGCUGUCGUCCUGCAUGAAGACAAGCAGUAUUAUCCCAGCGCGCAACAAGUAUACGGUGCCGACGUCGAGACCCUGGUCCAAGAGGAGGAUGCGCAGCCUCUGUCAGAACCGAUCAUUGCCCCCGUCCAGCAAAAAAAAUUCGCGAUCGCAGAGACAGAGCUUCCACCCGUUCAUUUCUCGCGGGAAUUCAUGACCGAUCUCCUCAACUUUCCCGAGCAAAUUAGAAAUAUCGCGGUCGUGGGCCAUUUGCACCAUGGGAAGACAGCCUUGAUGGAUAUGUUGGUGAAAGAGACACAUGACCUUACUGAACGACUAGAGAGACGCACCGGCCGGCGACGCGAAGAGCAGCUUCGGUACACCGACGUCCAUUUCCUGGAGAGAGAACGAGGCCUCUCGAUCAAGUCGGCGCCGAUGAGUCUGGUUCUACAAGGGACCAAGGGAAAAUCUCAUCUUCUGAACAUCCUUGACACCCCCGGGCAUGUGAACUUUGUCGAUGAAGUGGCCACGUCCAUCCGCCUAGCUGAUGGCGUCGUGCUCGUUGUAGACGUCGUGGAGGGAGUCCAGGCCAAUACUGAACAGAUCAUCAAGCACGCUGUCUUGGAGGACAUUCCCUUGACAUUGGUCGUUAACAAGAUGGAUCGCCUCAUUCUCGAGCUGAAGCUGCCACCAAACGAUGCCUACUUCAAGCUGAAGCAUGUGAUUGAAGAAAUCAACACUGUGAUUGAGAAUGUUGUUCCGGGGCAAGGGGAGCGACGGCGCCUGAGUCCCGAAAAGGGCAAUAUCGCCUUUGCUUCCAGCUCGAUGAACUGGUGCUUUACUUUGCAGUCCUUCGCCCGGAUGUAUGCGGACACCUACCCGCGAUUGGACUCGACUGAGUUUGCCGCGCGCUUAUGGGGAGAUAUCUUCUACAACCCGAGGAGCCGAAAAUUCACUCGCAAGGGAGUGGAGGAGAGUUCUAAACGGGCAUUCGUGAAGUUUGUCCUAGAGCCGAUCUACAAGCUUUACUCCCACACCAUCAGCGAAAGCCCCGAAGAUCUCAAGGAGACCCUAGCAAGCGUGGGCGUCACGCUCAAGCCGUCUCAGCUGAAGUCGGAUGCAAAGGAAUUGCUGAACCUGGUUUGUGAACAAUUCUUUGGUCCUGCCACUGGGUUCGUGGAUAUGGUUGUGCAGCACGUCCCUUCGCCGGUGGAGGGUUCUCAAAGAGCGUUAGAGCGGUAUUACACCGGUCCAUUGGAUACCAAGGUCGCGGCAUCCAUGACAACCUGCGAUCAGGAUGGCCCCCUUGUUGUCCAUGUCACCAAACUCUACAGCAGCACCGACGCGGCGAGCUUCUACUCUUUUGGUCGGAUCAUGAGCGGGACGGCUCGGCCUGGUCAGCAAGUCCGUGUGCUAGGGGAGGGAUAUACCCCAGAGGACGAAGAGGACAUGGUUGUCGCCACUAUUUCAGACACGUGGAUUGCGGAGACAGGUUAUAAUAUCUCUACCAGCGGCAUUCCCGCUGGAAACUGGGUUCUCUUGGGUGGCGUGGACAAUUCCAUCGUCAAAACAGCUACUCUCAUGCCUCUCAGGCUGGAAGAUGACGAGGAGGCGCAUAUCUUCCGACCCAUUCGACAUAUGACCGAAUCCGUGUUCAAGGUUGCAGUUGAGCCGGUCAAUCCAUCGGAAUUGCCCAAAAUGCUAGACGGGCUCCGCAAGAUCAACAAGAGCUAUCCUCUCAUUUCCACCAAGGUCGAGGAGUCGGGGGAGCAUGUGGUUUUGGGGACCGGAGAGCUCUACAUGGACUGCGUGCUCCAUGAUCUUCGCAAGCUCUACUCUGAAAUGGAAAUCAAGGUCUCGGACCCCGUCACGCGUUUUUGCGAGACCGUGGUCGAAACCUCGGCUAUCAUGUGCUACUCCAUCACGCCCAACAAAAAGAACAAGGUCACCAUGAUUGCCGAGCCGCUGGAUGACGGAAUUGCAGAGGACAUCGAGGGCGGCAAAGUCAGCAUCAAGGAUCCCAUCCGGAAAGUGGCCCGGUACUUUGAAGAUUAUUAUGACUGGGACAAGCUGGCGGCCCGAAGCAUCUGGGCAUUUGGACCCGAUGAGAUGGGCCCGAAUAUCCUUCAGGAUGACACUUUGCCAUCACAGGUAGACAAGAAGCUUCUCAGUACCGCAAGGGACUCGAUCACCCAGGGGUUCAGUUGGGGCACGAGGGAAGGUCCUCUUUGUGAAGAACCAAUUCGAAACACCAAGUUCCGGCUCACCGACGUGUCUCUGGCCGACCAAGCGAUCUACCGGGGCGGGGGUCAAAUCAUCCCAACCGCUCGCCGGGCUGUGUACUCAUCGUUCCUCAUGGCAUCUCCCCGGCUCAUGGAACCGAUCUAUUCCUGUACGAUGACGGGCCCCGCAGACGCGGUUGCGUCAGUCUACACUGUUCUCUCCCGCCGACGGGGCCAUGUCCUGUCCGACGGGCCCAUCGCAGGGACACCCCUCUAUUCCGUCCGUGGUUUAAUUCCCGUGAUCGACUCCUUCGGCUUUGAGACUGAUCUUCGGAUCCACACCCAAGGUCAAGCCAUGGUCAAUCUUGCUUUUGACAAGUGGAGCGUGGUCCCUGGCGACCCUCUCGACCGAGAUGUUAAACUGAAACCCCUGGAAAUGGCGCCCGCCAUGGCUACCGCGCGAGACUUUGUCUUGAAAACGAGGCGACGGAAGGGUCUCGCGGAAGACGUUACGGUGAGCAAGUUCCUGGAGCCGGAGCUGUGGAAGGGUCUCAAGGAGAGCGGCGUUUUGGAUUCAUAA